AUGCUUUUAAAAAUUAUUUUUGCGAUAUCAUGCACUUCUCUUGCUACUUCUAGCUCGACAUCAGCAGACCAAAAUGCUCAGCUUUUCAAAUCAUCUUUAAAUCAAGCACCAAUUUUCGUACAAGGAACACUAGAGAUAUCACUUAUACAUAAUUACAAUAAAUAUAAACAUUCCUAUUAGUAGCCAAUACAUAUUUUGCCGUAAUGGCGAAGUGUGUAUAUGAUGGGGAGCAACUUGGAGAUGGAGAAAUGCAGAUGGUUUCAUGGAGAUAUGCAGGUGAAAUUGAUGAAGACUCUUGAAGCCAAAGCGGAAUCACAGAAGAUGUGUUACAGUUCGUCAGUCUUUGGGGAAAUGAGUUCUUUUGAAAUUUUAUCAGAAUUUUACAUCAGAAUCAGUUACGUUUUAUUUUAUCAGAAUUUAAAUUUCAGAUCAGAAUCAGUUAUAAUGGUCAGAUUGAAAAAUCUUAUGGCCGUAAUUUCAUUAAGUAAGUUAAGUAUUAGUAGCCAGAAAUAAAAUAGUGACGUUGACGGAAAUAGGACUCCGAGGCGCACCUCCUAUGGAGCUGGUAGGACCCAUUUCUGAUGAAGCUGAAAUAUAGGGCCUCGUUCCCUGUCUUAAGUAGGCCUUCAGAGGUGGGGAAGCCGUGCCGAAAAGGAAGUUUUUAUUUCUCCCCCGAAGGUUUUCCUGUCCCUGCCAGAUGGGCUAGACAGGUUUUUGCCUACCACAUGGUCUUCCCUCACCAGGACAAUCGGGGCACUCCUCCAAGAGUGGUUCUGCCAAAGGAGCUGAUCCUCUGGACAGGUGGUUCAGACCAGAAAUCAAGAUGGCGUCGGGCCUGGGAGUAUGGUCGCAUCAGAACCCGACCUGAAGUUGUCUUUCGAGCUGAGGUGUUGUGGUCCGCUGGUUCGCACGUAUGGCCAUUUUAAAACUAACUAGCUAACUAACUAUUAGUAGCCUUAUCCUAUUUAUUCUUAUUAGUUAUAAUUCUCAAGCAUCAAUCGAAUCUCAAAACUCCCCAGAGUCUUCACUGUCUUUUCUGCAACAAGAUGAAGCUUCUUCAGAGUCUUCUUCAGAAACUUCGACAGAGUCUUCUUCAGAAUCCUCAACAGAUGAGACAAACCCUUUGGAUCGUGACACAGAUGACCAUCAGCUCCCGGAAGACUCAGACGAUGGCGGUGACGAGUACUCUGGUGGUGACACAGACUAUCCUAUUAUUUAUAAAUAAUUUUUUAUUAUAAAUUUAUUAUCAAAAAUAGCAGAUUUACUAUAAAAAAUAUCCCUAUUGAUAAUUCUAGCCAAUAUUUGUCAUCUCUAAAUAAUAAAAGCAUUUUUUAUAUAAUGAAGGAUAUAUAUUCUUGCUACUAGUUUUACUGAUAAUGAAGAAGGGACUGGAAAAGUCUGGUUAAUUCCAAUGAAAUCUGAAGAAGAUUCUUCAUAUGAAAUUUUAGGAGGCCUCGAAAAGCCUGUAGGAGUUUGCUUUGAUAUCAAUAACAAUUUUAUGUAUGUAGCCGAUGCUGGUUUUGGAAGUGAUACUGGGUAUAUAUACCAAUACGAAAUUUCUUGGGAUGAGGAAAACAGCUUUUCUUUGUCAAGAAAUAUAUAUGCAGUUGUAUAUGAAGGGGAGUCACCAUAUGAUUGCAAGGUUGAUAUAUAUGGAAAUUUAUAUUUUGUAGACUCAGUUACCAACCAAAUAAACGCAAUCAGCUAUACAGACCUUUAUUCAGGCUCCAAAAACCAACAAUACACCUUAUACCAAGCAGACGAGACUAAUACCGAUAUUAGUGCCCCAUGCUCUUUAGAUCUAUACAAAAGUGAAGGGAUUUAUUUUGUGAAUAAUGAAAAUUUUGAUACCUCAGGGACUGUGAAUUAUGCAAUAAUCAACUCGACCUCAAUUAAUUAUAAUGAUAUCCAGCAGUGCGCAAUUCAUGACGUAGCACCUUGGGGUGUUACGUAUAGUGAAGAUGAUAAGGUUUUCUAUUCAUUAGAUAGCGGAGAAGUCCAGGGGUUUGAUAUAUACUAGUAAACCUAAUGGUAAUAUAAAUAAUUUAUUAAUUUUUAUAAUUAUUUAUAUUAAUUAAUGUAGGAUAGAAAAUGCAGCCAACUCGUUUGUAAAGGUAAGCAAACUUAGUGAGCCUAGAGGACUUUGCUAUGGAGAUGGGAAAGUCUAUAUUGCAGAUCACUAUGAUGGGAAAAUAUAUAAGGUGAGUGAUAGCGAUGAAGAAGAAACGCCAAGUGUUAUUAUUAACUUGCAAGGGGUUUAUGCAGUGUUUUGUGUGAAUGAAGGAGAUUUUGCAAGAGCGAUAGUGGUAGUUUGGGUAGCAUUAAUUAGUUAUCUAAUAAUAUAA